AUGACGGUGACAAGCUUGGUGAUGCAAAACCGACGGAGCAAGGCCUCUGGCAAACCUCCUCUUCGACUGCCCAUCAUUGCCCCCAAGGAAGAGGUUGUGGCCGACAUCAACGACGAAAAAGCAGGGCCGGUUGCUCCCCCGCGCAUCCGUCUACCCCCUCGCUCUCGAACAGGCUGCUGGACAUGUCGACAAUGCACUCGACUAGGCCAUAUAUGUGACUACCGGCCACGACUGGUGUUUCGGGAUGACACCUCUCGCAUCGUGGGCCGGAUGGCCGAUGUGAACACAGAAGGGAACAUCGUGUGGGAUCUCUCUUCGCCCUGUUCCAGUGAUGACCAAUCUGAUUACUUCCCGAUCGGGAAGCCGCUCCCACUUUUUGCACAGCUCACAUCGGAUGAGGAGCGGGAGAAGAAAGCAGAACUGUCUAGUCCCGGCACGUACCAUGUAGUGAUGACUCCAGACAGCUUCUCCACGCUGCCGGAGUAUGCAGAUGACACCGACAGAUCCAACCCAAAGAGACCAAGUGAAAGCAGAAGUACUAGGACUGACAGCCCGGGUAGCACGUGCAAAAGCGAAGGCAAUGUGGAAGUUGAUAGUCCCAAUGUGGUGAUUGUGAAGACCUUCGAAGAUGUCACCCGGCGUUCAUCAUCCUCCGGAAGAGCGUUGAGAAUCUCACCAACCUCGGAGAUUUCUGAUCCGCUCUGCUCACUCUCUCUGUCACCGAUCCUGGACUCUCCUCCCUCGCCGGUCCUUGUCGAUGAUGAUACCCUUUCUGUCGCGGAUCUACAUCUUGACCAGCAUACCCAAAGCAUUGCUCUCUUCAGCCACUUUCGCCAUGUUGUGUGGAGGCAACUGUUCCCCCACAACCGUGUCCAGGGGGUCGACGACUCGUAUGGUGGAGAUGGCCGCUGCAUAACAUUAAAUGUGGACUUUCUGGAGCAGGAGGCCGCUCACUUUCCACCGCUUUCUCACGCCAUAAUGGCUGUUUCCGCACUGAGUCUCUCGCACAGUGGUACAGGACAAAAUGUAGAUGCAUUGCAGUAUUAUCAGCAAGCCUUUCCAUCGCUCCAGACCAGCAUUCGAAAUGAUGACGAUCUCAUCUCAGACGGGCUCUUUCUCACGCAUUUCUUACUUCUUAUUUAUGAGGUCGCUGCCGCUGAACCGCAUGGAUCAAACCUCUGGUCCCACCAUAUCUCUCGUCUCCUCCAUAUCUCCUUUCUCCGCCAAUCCAAGUUUGGCCGGGAGCCACACCCGUUCAUUCUUUGGUGGGUGUGCCAUAUUGACCUGUAUGCUCUCUUCAGUGGAGCAGGGACCGGAGAAUUUGUACAAGCCAUCAUCGAGCAUCAGAUGCUCCCUGGGUCCGAGAGUCUGCUCUAUCCAUCUUCGCUUGAAGGGUACAGCAUAAUAUAUCCAGGUGAACAUGAUAGUCUACCAGUCAUGAUGCGCCUGUACUCAAACAUGUUCACACUGGCCGCUCAGCUCGGGUUUCUGGCGGUCCAGCUUCGACGGGACAGACAGACUUUGCCUUUCUCGGAUCUUAAUCAGCGGUCACAAGAAAUUUGCGACAUACGUCAGCCCAUGGGGCAACUUUGGGAGUCUCCCGAUAUUGCCUUUUUGCAUCAGCACCAAGAUAACCUACCGCGUCGUUCGUGGGAAGUCCUGCAGCAGUCGGCCGCAUUAUACCAUGUCUCCAUGUUGCUCUCCUACAGCAGUAUGUGGCCGGGCCAACGUCUCGAGUCAGAUUUCACGUCGGACCGAGAAAUCGACCACCAUGCGGCAGCGAUCUUGCACAUUGCCGAGAAAACUACGUGCACCCGGCGCGCCGACCGGCACUUUUUGGUGUUUCCACUAUUCCUAGCAGGCGCCACGUCAUCCGCCAACGAACUCAAGAUGAGACUGAUGGCACUAAUGACGAGCAUGGAGAAUGAGGAAGAUGGCAUGGGGAGAAACGUGGCCACGACUCGAGCCAUCCUCCAGGUGAUCUACAAGCGACAGUUGGAGCAGCUGAUGCGAGUGGGCUAUACAUCGGAUAUAGAUUGGGCAGAUCUGAUGGCUCAAGAAGGGCUUCAGAUGGUGAAUUUUGGAUUUUGA